CACGUUCCCACCAGCCAUGCAUUGCCAACUACCUCCCAUUAGCAUAACUACACGGAAAGAACAACUGCGACGCAAAAUCUAACGGCCUUAUCGGCGCCCAAACGAAAAAUAUAAAACCCAAACAUCCACCAUCAGGCCUGAUCAUUAGCGACAUGUUUUCCGAGCAGUGCGGUGCCCAAUUCGACGUCUACGGCCCUUCUUUGGGCCAAUCAUGUUCGGGGGGCGCCUACGUCCUGUUCAUGUCCCUGCUGGACGCGCUCCUGCGCAACACCUGCGAGGUUACGGACGCCACUGGCCGCAUCACCCCGACAAUCCAUCCCGAUCUGGAGUACGACUUUGUGGUGAUCGGGUCUGGAACGGGCGGCUCCACAGUGGCCGGACGCUUGGCCGAAGUCGACCACUGGAAAAUCCUGCUGCUGGAAGCUGGGGGCGACGAACCCGUCGGAACCCAGGUGCCAUCCUUCUCAUUCAGCUACCUCAACUCGGACAUCGACUGGCAAUUUAGGACGGAACCGGAACCAGUGGCGUGCCAGGGCUUUGCCGAGCGAAGAUGCUCGUGGCCCAGGGGCAAAGUGCUGGGCGGCACCAGCGUGAUCAAUGGGAUGAUGUUUCUGAGGGGCACCCGCAAGGACUACCAGAGGUGGGCCGAGGCUGGCAACCCCGAUUGGAGCUUCGACAAGAUAUUGGCCGACUUUAAGGCGACGGAGGACAACAGCGAUCGGGACCUGGUGGACGAGGAGUACCAUGGGUUUGGAGGGCCGCUCACCAUUGGGCGGUACCGGUACCAGCCACCGUUCGCCUGGGAUGUUCUCAAGGCUGGCGAACAAAUCGGGUACAACGUCAGCAAUGAUCUGAAUGGGGAGCGGUUCAAUGGAUUCGCCGUGGCUCAAAUGAACUCCAGGAAAGGCAUGCGGUUGAGCCUGGCAAAAGCCUUCCUGCGCCCGCACCGCUCCAACCCCAACCUGCACAUCAUGCUGAACUCAACAGCGACGAAAAUCCUGCUGCAUGCACAAGGCGCUAGCAAACGAGCGUCUGCAGUUGAAUUCGCCUACAAGGGCCAGAUGUUUACCGUUCGAGCCUCCAAGGAAAUCAUCCUAUCGGCUGGGGCUGUGCAAACUCCCCAGCUCCUCCUGUUGUCUGGUAUUGGGGAUAAGGAGACUCUGGACGCUGUGGGGAUUGAACAGGUGCACGACUUGCCGGCUGUGGGAAAGGGCCUGCAGAAUCACGUGUCCUUCGAACUGGUCGCCUCAAUCAACCAGGCCAGCCUCAACUCACUGAACAUGGAGACGGUUUCUGAGUACGUCCGGAACCAAUCAGGGCCCAUGAGCUCCACUGGGCUUGCCCAGGUAACGGCGAGGGUCCACUCGGAGCAGGCAACGCCCGACGAUCCAGACAUCCAGUUUUACUUUUUCGGCUUGGGCCCCAAGUGCGCAAAAAGCGGACUAAGUGACGAGCUGACUGACGACAACCAGACAACGCAUGUCUCGAUUUACCCCACCUAUUUGCACAGCAAAAGCAAGGGCUACCUGGGGCUCCACUCCAAAGACCCGUUUGCGCCCCCAAAAAUCGUCGCCAACUACCUCACAGCUGAGGAGGAUGUGAUUGGUCUGAGGGCGGGCAUUCGGAUCGCGCAGCGACUGAUCAAUUCCCCGAUUUUGAGGGAAAAGUACGACAUGCGCUUGGAAAAGGACUCGUAUGGAUCUUGCAGCGAGCAACACGAGUGGGACUCGGACGACUUUUGGGAGUGCGCCAUUAAAGUGAAGACGGGCCACGAGAACCACCAGGGAAGUUCCUGCAAGAUGGGCAGACGCAGCGAUCCAGAAUCCUGCGUAAAUCAGCAGCUGCAGCUCUACGGAGUGGACAGUUUGCGAGUUAUUGACGCGUCCGUGUUCCCCACGUUGCCCUCAGCCAAUCCGCAGGCCUCCAUUGUCAUGGUGGCUGAACGGGGGGCGCGCUUCAUCAAGGAGCACUACUUGAACAGGGUGCGACGCAAGUAGGCCCAAUUCAUCACUACACCUUUUGCUUAGUUAAGUACUUAUGUAUAUAGUUCUAGUCGGUAUCUGUGAAAGUAUCAGUCUCUAUCCGAACGUUUGAUUAGUUUCCGGUGGCAGGCCGUCGUCAAUAGGAGUUUGCUGCUGAUGUUUCUCUAGCUCGCUUGGUUAGCGUCUUCAGAGGUGUGUUCAUGCGCAACUUGCUAGCUACUUACGUCAGGACCAAACUCCUAUCGGGUAUAGCCAGAAAGCACGUAAAUCAUCGAUUGUUUAAAAUGUUAAACUGUUUAUAUUAAAUGUACGGACGUUACUAAUAAGAAUAAAUGCAAACCGUCGUGUGGC